AUGGACCACAGCACCAUGAGUACUCACUCUAUGAGCUCAAAUUCAACCUCAACACCCACACCAGCAACUUGCAAGAUAUCCAUGCUUUGGAACUGGUACACAAUUGAUUCCUGCUUCAUUUCCCGUUCGUGGCACGUUAGAAGUACUGCCAUGUUUGCCGGCUCCUGCAUCGGUGUUUUCCUCCUUGUAUUACUCCUAGAAUUUCUCCGUCGCGCUCAGCGCGAAUAUGACCGCUACAUUCAGGCAAUUAGGGCGGGGAUUUAUAUGCUUCAAUUCGGUCUUGCCUACUUUAUAAUGUUAUUGGCUAUGUAUUAUAACGGUUAUUUUAUUAUUUGUAUGCUGCUUGGCGCAUUUUCUGGCCACUUCUUGUUCGGGUAUGAUAAUAUCACUAUUGGAGGUGGAAAUGAGAGCGAGACUGCAUGCUGUUAA